AUGUCUUUGCAGAUUAAGGCUGGUGUAGAUAUCAAUCUUUUAAAAUCACUUUUUGUGAAUCAAGAAAGGAUUCUAAAUCAGGAAGAUGAUACGAAUUGCAAUAAAUUAUACCCUUCAGGUUGUCAUCAGAAGUAUUGUGAUAAGUAA